UUCAAAACAAAACGCCGACGUUUAACCCGUCUUCGAGGUUUCGAUUCCUCAAACAACAUUUCGAGAAGGGUUUUGCAAAGGUUUACGCUGAAAGGAAACAACCAAAAACCUUGCAAAAACGCAGCAUACCAUUCGGUUUUCACUCCCACAAUGAGAAGAAACGCUUCAAUUUCACUUCUCUCUCACUCCAAUCGUCUCAAUCUUCGCUCACUUUCAUCCUUCAUUUCCUCAAAUUCCAUUUCCAAUCCUUCCCCUUCAAAUUCCUCCCCUGUUUCAACCCCCAAUCUCAAGCCUUGCACCAAAAACCAUGGAUUGUUCUUCAAGUUCACCCGAUUUCAAGCAAACCCAUCUCGGAAUUUGGACACCCUUGUGGAGAAACGCCCUCAAAUUUCCUCAAGACAGCGUAAAGUCAAGGAGAAAUCCGAGCUUGAGGAGGCUUUUGAGUCUGCAGACACUGUUGAUGAAAUGGUCAAGGCGUUUAAGGACAUGGAAUCCGCUUUUGAGGAGAGGGAUCUCGGGUUGGCUUCCUUGAAGAUUGGUCUGAAACUUGACCAAGAAGGCGAGGAUCCUGAAAAUAUUUUGUUGUAUGCUAAUAGAGCUUUAAAAGCUUUGGAUAAAGAUGUUAAUGGAAAUCCUUCUUUACCUGUUGCUAUGACUUUACAAUUGAUGGGUUCUGUUAAUUAUAGCUUGAAAAGGUUUAGUGACAGUUUGGGGUACUUGAAUAGGGCUAAUAGAAUUCUGGGUCAGUUAGUGGAGAAGGGAUUUAGUGCUGAGGAUGUUAGGCCAGUACUUCAUGCUGUGCAACUUGAGUUGGCAAAUGUUAAAACUGCAAUGGGGAGGAGAGAAGAAGCUCUUUCUAAUCUCAGAAAGUGUUUAGAGAUCAAGGAAUUGACCUUGGAAAAGGAUAGUAGAGAAUUAGGGAACGCGAAUCGUGAUUUGGCUGAAGCAUAUGUUGCUGUAUUGAACUUUAAGGAUGCUCUUCCCUUUUGUAUGAAGGCGUUGGAGAUACAUAAGAUGCAGUUGGGGCAUAAUUCAGUUGAAGUUGCUCAUGAUAGGAGGCUUCUUGCAGUGAUUUAUAGUGGGUUGGAAGAACAUCAAAAGGCAUUGGAGCAGAAUGAAUUGUCUCAGAAGGUUUUGAAGAACUGGGGCCUUAAUUCUGAUUUGCUUCGUGCAGAAAUCGAUGCUGCUAAUAUGCAAAUUGCACUCGGUAGGUACAAUGAGGCCAUUAGUACUCUCAAGGAUGUUGUCCAGCAUACAGAUAAAGACAGUGAAACUCGGGCAGUAGUGUUUAUCUCAAUGGGAAAAGUGUUGUGUAAUCAGGAAAAGUUUACUGAUCCAAAGAGAUGUUUGGAGAUUGCUAGUGGAAUUUUUGACAAGAGAGAAGCAACUUCUCCUGUGGAAGCUGCUGAGGCAUAUUCGGAAAUAUCAAUGCAGUAUGAGACGAUGAAUGAGUUUGAAACUGCGAUAUCUUUAUUAAAAAAAUCUCUAGCUUUGCUUGAGAAGCUUCCACAUGAGCAGCACUCAGAAGGUAGUGUUUCGGCUAGAUUAGGGUGGUUGCUACUGUUGACCGGUAAGGUUCAAGAAGCUAUUCCAUAUUUGGAGGGUGCAGCAGAGACUUUAAAAGAGAGUUUUGGAUCCAAGCAUUUUGGAGUUGGAUAUAUAUACAAUAAUCUUGGAGCUGCAUAUUUGGAACUCGAGAGACCUCAAUCGGCUGCGCAGAUGUUUGCAAUGGCAAAGGAUAUUAUGGACGUAUCACUUGGCCCCCAUCAUGCAGAUUCAAUUGAAGCCUGUCGGAAUCUUUCAAAGGCAUAUGGCGCAAUGGGAAGUUAUCCCCUUGCAAUUGAAUUCCAAGAGCAAGUGGUUGAUGCUUGGGAAAGCCAUGGCUCAACUGCAGAAGACGAACUUAGAGAAGCCCAACAAAUGCUCAAACAAUUGAAGAGGAAAGCUCAUGGUACAUCCAAAAUCGAGCUCUCAACAAAGGCCUUGCCCCUACCUCAUUCCUCAACGUCUUCCAAAACUCUGCAGCCCGAUCUCCCUGCACGUCAGAAACGUCAAUAACCACAUCUGAUAAUAUGCUAUCUUACAACUUCAGAUCUGGGAAGUAUGUUCCUUAAAAACUUGGUCAUCUUGUGCAUAGCUGGAAUAUCCUUGAAAUGUAAGACCCCGGGUUUUGCUUGCAUGUCUAUAUAUCUAUCCUGCUGGGAAACAUAUUCAUUGAAAGCUAUAUGCUUGGAAAAGACGCGACUGCAGUAGCCCAUAGAGUUACCGAAUCUAAUGGCUGUGUUUUCUGAAACCAGACACUCAGUAAUUCCAUUUUGAGAACUCUGCACGUUUGUCACAACUCAUAAUUUUUCUAUGCUCAAGAUUUUCAUCUGUCUGAACUUUAGCAUAAUGAUCAGUACUGAGUGAAUAAAUUGAUAGAUGUUUAUUUAGACUGGUCUUUCAGAAUUACAUGUAUCUGUAUGUAAGUGAGUUUGUAGUUUGGCGUUGGUUGCAUAACUCUCAUGUAAGAAAGAAAGUCAGUUUCUAGGCUGCCUUGAGUUUGGUUUUAGAAACGUCUCAUUUUGUUCUUGUGUAAUACUAUUACUAUUUUUCUAGUUGUAUUACACUUAUUUAGGCUUCGAUUUAGUUGAAAAA